AUGGGGGACUCGAUGUGGAGUUAUUAUUUUGGAGUUCUCUUUCUUGUCUUCAAAGUGGACAUGUGUCGGGCGCUCAUUUUGGAGUCAAUCUAUUGGAACACGACAAAUACCAAAUUCGUGCCAGGACAAGGUGUGGUACUCUACCCUCAGAUUGGCGAUAAACUGGACAUUGUAUGCCCCCGAGUGGAUGGUGGGGUGGGCGAGGGAGUGGAGUAUUACAAGGUGUACAUGGUGCCCAGGGAGCAGUUGGAGAGCUGCACCAUUACCAAAGCGGACACACCGCUCCUCAACUGUGUCAAGCCUGAUCAGGACGUAAAGUUCACCCUCAAGUUUCAGGAGUUUAGUCCCAACCUAUGGGGCUUGGAGUUCACCAGGGGAUAUGAUUAUUACAUCAUCUCUACUUCAAAUGGCACGAUGGAGGGCAUUGACAACCAGGAGGGGGGCGUAUGUAAGACCAAGUCCAUGAAGAUGAUCAUGAAAGUGGGACAAAAUCCCGCUGACCCUAUUUCAUCCAAAGACAACCCUACCAGGGUUCCCUACUAUCCUAAGCACCCAGACAGUAAGGACAACCACAAAACUAAUGAAGUGCUAGAGAAGCCAGGUGCAGCAUCAAGGGAAAGCGAUGCAAACAACACAGGCGGGAAGUCGUCCAACAUCAUAGGUUCUGGGGUGGCCAUCUUUGUCAGUAUUGCCUCAGGCAGUGUCAUUUUUAUCAUCAUCAUCAUCAUGCUGGUGCUGCUACUGCUUAAGUACCGGCGGCGUCACCGCAAGCACUCGCCACAACACGCAGCUACCUUGUCUCUUAGCACCCUGGCCACGCCUAAGCGAAGCGGCAGCGGUGGGAACAAUAAUGGCUCUGAGCCCAGCGACAUCAUCAUCCCUCUCAGAACUGCUGACAGUGUCUUUUGCCCGCACUACGAGAAGGUCAGCGGUGAUUACGGCCAUCCGGUCUACAUCGUCCAAGAGAUGCCACCGCAGAGCCCUGCCAACAUAUAUUACAAGGUCUGA